AUGACUGGAAGAGCUGCAUCCACCAUCCACAGGCUGAAUAACGCCCCAGGAACGUUGACGAUAGGAAAGUGCCAGUACUGUGGCUUUGAACUGUCAGCUCGGGUGAGGCAUUCAUUACAUCAGACGGACAAAGAUGUCGCACAACCGAUCGAUACGUGGAACGUGUUGACACCGAGCUCUGACCUGGCCCCGACCUCUGACAUCACAGCCAGCAGAGCCGGCUGUGCACUCGAAAUAUCGAUCGAGAUGCGCCGCGACUGUAGCUAUUCUGACAUCGCAUAUAUCCAAAUCUCCGAACAGAGUAUCACUGAAAGCAGAGGCUGUCGUCUUCCAAGAAGAAUCGGUGUGUCCGUACGUCUGGACAACGAAACUGUGUCUCUCGAACUGACCCGAAACGAUGACGUCGAUUCCAAUGCCCCACUGUUUGUGUUCAGAGAGGUCGGGACGAAGAAGAGGAAAACGGUCGUCAAGGAACUGCUGAUUGAUAACCAGCGUGAAGCUCAGUUUCAAGACGAGUCCCGUGAUGCGGCGAUGACCGUGUCUUGUUUCGGUGAAGACAACAACCGACAUCUUCAGUUGAGAGGGAUUUUAUCUUUACACGGCAAGGAGUAUACGCUGGAACCCAAAUCACGUGACCGUAGAGGGACACCACGUGAUGAAGAAGAAUACAUUGUAGAAAAACAGCUGAUUGUUCCUGUCGGAGAUGAUUACGUAGAAGCACCUCCAUUUGAAGAAAUUAUUUCAAAUACUGUUACAAAGUCCGACUAUGAAGACAUACUUCUGUUAAAUCCUUCCACACAUGCACGACAGAAACGAGCGACAACAGAGUACUAUAUCGAUGUCCUAACUGUUAUUGACUACUCAAUUUACCAAAGACACUAUAAUCGCACAGAUUCAUCGUUAGCUGCGGCCACAAGAAGAGUCCAUGCACUUCAAGACAUUCGGGAAUAUUUCGCCUACUUCAUGAACGGGGUAAACCUUCGAUACAAGAGUAUAACUGGCUUGGAUGAACGUCUGGUCAUUAGACUGACGGGUUACGUCGUAGCAGAGGCUCGUGAUCAAGCUCCUUGGACAGAAAACAGUGUUCUGAUGACGUUAUCAGGUGGUGAGGUGAAUUCUCUAACAGCACUGCAGGACUUGAAAGCCUGGGUUGCUAACACGUCACUGCCUGACAAUGAUCACGUGAUGCUGUUUACAAGGUAUGAUUUGUACAGGAUUAUUGCUGAUGGGACUAAAGCAAGAAACAGAAUUGGAAUCGCUUACUUGUCUACAAUGUGCAAACCGUCAGGACGAAGCACUUCAGUAAUCGAGGAUGGCAGAGGAUUUCAGCGGAUACUGACUGCGGUUCAUGAACUUGGACACAGUUUGGGAUCUAAACACGAUGGUGAUACCAACACAUGCACAGGAGAAGACCAAUACAUCAUGGCUGCUACUAGCGGAUCUAGAACAGAUCCUAACAUGACCAACCCCUGGCUGUUCUCGUCCUGCUCAGUUUCGUACUUCAAGAAUCUGUUGACAUCACUAAUGCAAAACAAGCUAUGGAGUAAAAUGCUUGACACAAAAGGUAACAACAGUUGAUGUUCCAUUGGCCCUCGACUUGCCAGGACAGAUUUACAGCCCUGAUGAUCAGUGUAAAAGGAUACGCGGUCCAGAAUCAGAACUCUGUCAGGGCCUUACGUUAAAAAAGGGUGGUAUCAAUGGAAUAUGUUAUUCCAUGUACUGCAGGCUUCCAGAGAAACCCACUUAUUGUUCUAUGUAUGACGCGGCUAGAGGGACAACGUGCGGUGAUAACAAG